AUGGCGGGCGGCCAUCGGAGCGACAAUUUCAACGCUACCGUCCUCCCACACUGCAGGGCGAUGGUGGAGGCCAUUGGGCAACGCAUGGCUUACGAAGCAGCGCUGCACUCCGAUACUGUCGCUCCGGAAGUGCUUGAUCUCUUCGAGAUAUGCUGCAUUCAGGAAGACCCCAGUUGGUAUAUCGAGCACUGCAAUGACACCCGAACACGGAUCUGGGAGACGGAAGAGAGGGCUUUCAAAAACAUGCUGCCUUUGUUGCCAGGAUUGGUGGAUAAGGUCAACGCCGGAGACUAUAUCACUGCUCCCAUCGUUGACGGCAAAACCCUGGAGACUUUCCUUUUGGGUUUGCCUACCUUUGGUAAUGAAGAAAGGGCUAUGAGAAAGCCGACCCCGGGACCGAAGCUUUGA